UACAAUGUUCUUUGUGUGGUGUCUAAUAAUAUUACCCACCGUCAUACUACAAGCCGAAUCUCAAAUAUGCACCAGUAGUAUAGUGGUCACAAAAUGGAUUUCGGAAAGCUAUCUACGUUCCUACAAAGAAACCUAUCGAGGCAAAUGUUGGUGGGGAAAAUGUACAAAGAGCAAAACUAUAACGAGACGAGAAAUGAGAAUGGUGCCUAGAAAUGUUGUAGAAACGCAAGAAAGGUGCUGUUCCGGAUAUAUACAGAAUGAACUGUUAUGGGACUCUUUACGUUGUGAUCCAAUCUGCAUCCCAGCUUGUGUAAAUGGUUUCUGCAAACAACCAAGGGUUUGUGAGUGCUUUAACGGAUAUAAAUUCACGGAUGAUUACAGUCCGUCGGAGGACAACUAUAUUUGUGAACCAGAGUGUAGUAAUGGUUGUACUAACGGAAGAUGUACCGCUCCAAAUUUUUGCGAUUGUGAUCAAGGAUAUAUCUUCUUAAAUAAUACCUGCCUACCCAUAUGUAACUAUCCCUGCAUAAAUGCAUCAUGUGUUGCCCCAGAUACGUGUGAGUGCGAUGUGGGAUAUAGAAAAUCGGAAACGAACGAUUGUGUACCAUACUGUUCUACGGGCUGUACUCAUGGCUCAUGUGUAAGCCCAGAAGAAUGUAUAUGUGAAGAUGGAUAUAAUAAAUCUACCCACAACCAAGAAUGUACUCCGCAAUGUAAUGAUUGUGAAAAUGGAACUUGUAUAGCCCCAGAUACUUGUGAGUGUAAUUCUGGAUACAGAAAAUCUGAAACGAACUAUUGUGUACCAUACUGUUCUACGGGCUGUACUCAUGGCUCAUGUGUAAGCCCAGAAGUAUGUAUAUGUGAAGAUGGAUAUAAUAAAUCUACCCACAACCAAGAAUGUACUCCGCAAUGUAAUGAUUGUGAAAAUGGAACUUGUAUAGCCCCAGAUACUUGUGAGUGUAAUUCUGGAUACAGAAAAUCUGAAACGAACUAUUGUGUACCAUACUGUUCUACGGGCUGUACUCAUGGCUCAUGUGUAAGCCCAGAAGUAUGUAUAUGUGAAGAUGGAUAUAAUAAAUCUACCCACAACCAAGAAUGUACUCCGCAAUGUAAUGAUUGUGAAAAUGGAACUUGUAUAGCCCCAGAUACUUGUGAGUGUAAUUCUGGAUACACAAAAUCUGAAAUGAACUAUUGUGUACCAUACUGUUCUACGGGCUGUACUCAUGGCUCAUGUAUAAGCCCAGAAGAUAUGAGUUUGGAAGCGGAACUUGUAUCCCUCAUUGCAUACAACCAUGUGAACAUGGUAAAUGUAUCCAACCUGAUAUAUGUAAGUGUGACGAAGGAUACAUAUUUGAUGACUAUAAUGUAUGCGUGCCGUAUUGCCCCAAUUCUUGUAGAAAUGGAAAUUGUAUUGCACCAGAUCUCUGCCAAUGUUUUCCGGGCUACAAAUUGUAUAGUGGGAUUUGUAUUCCCCAUUGCACGCAAUCAUGUCAUCACGGUAUAUGUGUUAGUCCAGAUACAUGUAGUUGUGACGAAGGUUGGAAAUUGGAUGAAUUUGGUGAAUGCCAACCAUACUGUCCUAGUUUUUGUGAAAAUGGAACAUGUACAGAACCUUAUAAAUGUGAGUGUUUUUUGGGUUAUAAGUUAGACAACGGGACUUGUAUUGCCCAUUGCAAUCGACCAUGUGAAAAUGGUGUAUGUAUUGCUCCAGAUAUAUGUAAAUGUAAUACUGGUUUUAAAGCCAGCGCUGAAGCAGAAAAUCAGAUUUGCGUUCGCGACUGUGCACAUUGUA